UCAUCACUCACAUAAAACACAUGAUAAAUCCCCAAAUAGAUCUGUUACCAACCCUAGCCGGAGAUUUCCAAAAUCUCCCAACAGCUGCUUCCAGUUGCUUCUUAUCACAAUGCUACUUCUAAUAAUAUCUUAUCACAACCUGCAUUGCUGAUCAAUUCACCGUUCAAUUCCAAAAUUCUUCACCGGAAAACCUCAAAUACUUCGUUAAUCUCCAGUUUCACUCCACGGCGCUGCUAAUUGGCUGCUAAUUGUUCGUUGUUAAUCGAAAUUGAGCUGAUUCUUGAAUUCAGUACAUAAUAGUUCAUUAAUUUGACAUUUUUGUUGAAUAUUGGAGUUUUAAUUGUUGUGUGGAUCUGAGAUGAUGAUUCUGUAUACAAUACGACGUCGUAGAAGUGUAGAAGUAUUGCGAGAUUGAUUUUAGUUCCAUUCGGCGAUUAGGUUAAGUUUCUGUUAGGAAGAUCGGCGAUAAUGUCUUCUAAUACGGUGGAAGUCAACGGAACUGAAUCUGACGUGGCAUUUCAGGCGUUUGAAGGUAAUUUUUCUUACAAAGUUGACGAGCCGCCGGUACCGGUGCCGGAAUUGAAUAUUAGUGUCAUAAAUGCUGAAUCGGUGACUACGGAAGUCAACGGAACUGAAUCUGAUGCGCUACCUGUGGCAUUUGACGCGCUUGAAGGUAAUUUUUCUUACAAAGUUGAUGAGGUUCCAGUACCGGUGCCGGAAUUGAAUAUUGGUAUGAUAAAUGGUGAGACGGUGACGGUGACUACGGAAGUCAACGGAACUGAAUCUGAUGCGCUGCCUGCGGCAUUUGACGCGCUUGAAGGUAAUUUUUCUUACAAAGUUGACGAGGUUCCGGUGCCGGUGUCGAUACCGGUACCUGAAUCGAAUAGUAGUGUGAUAAAUAGCGAAUUGGUUACUACUGUGGAAGUCAACGGAACUGAAUAUAACGCGCAGCCUGUGGCAUUUGAGGCGCUUGAAGGUAAAUUUUCUUAUAAAGUUGAUGAGUUGCCUGUGCUGGAAUUGAAUAGUAGCGUGAUAAAUGGUGAAUCGGUGGCUACGGAAGUCAACGGAACUGAAUCUGAUGUGCUACCUGUGGCAUUUGACGCGCUUGAAGGUAAUUUUUCUUACAAAGUUGAUGAGGUUCCGGUACCGGUGCCGGAAUUGAAUAUUGGUAUGAUAAAUGGUGAGACGGUGACGGUGACUACGGAAGUCAACGGAACUGAAUCUGAUGCGCUGCCUGCGGCAUUUGACGCGCUUGAAGGUAAUUUUUCUUACAAAGUUGAUGAGGUUCCGGUGCCGGUGUCGAUACCGGUACCUGAAUCGAAUAGUAGUGUGAUAAAUAGCGAAUUGGUUACUACUGUGGAAGUCAAUGGAACUGAAUAUAACGCGCAGCCUGUGGCAUUUGAGGCGCUUGAAGGUAAAUUUUCUUAUAAAGUUGAUGAGUUGCCGGUGCUGGAAUUGAAUAGUAGCGUGAUAAAUGGUGAAUCGGUGACUACGGAAGUCAACGGAACUGAAUCUGAUGCGCUGCCUGUGGCAUUUGACGCGCUUGAAGGUAAUUUUUCUUACAAAGUUGAUGAGGUUCCGGUGCCGGUGCCGAUACCAGUACCUGAAUCGAAUAGCAGUGAGAUAAAUAGUGAAUUGGUUACUACUGUGGAAGUCAACGGAACUGAAUAUAACGCGCAGCCUGUGGCAUUUGAGGCGCUUGAAGGUAAUUUUUCUUAUAAAGUUGAUGAGUUGCCGGUACUGGAAUUGAAUAGUAGCGUGAUAAAUGGUGAAUCGGUGACUAUGGUGGAAGUCAACGGAACUGAAUCUGACGCACUUGGAGGUAAUUUUUCGGACAAAGUUGAUGAGGCGCCUGUACCGGUACGGGAAUUAAAUAGUAGUGUGAUAAAUGAUGAAUCAGUGACUAUGGUAGAAGUUGAAGUUAACGGAACUGAAUCUAACACGCUUGAUGAGUCGCCAGUACUGGUUACGGAAUUGAAUGGUCGUGUGGAAAAUGGUGAAUUGGUGCAAACGCCGACGACCUUUACGAUGGAUGAAUCAGUGACUAUGGUAGAAGUUGAAGUUAACGGAACUGAAUCUAACGCGCUUGCUGAGUCGGCGGUACUGGUUUCGGAAUUGAAUGGUAGUGUGGCAAAUGGUGAAUUGGUGCAAACGCCGACGACCUUUACGAUGGAUGAAUCUGUUAUUAUCACUACAGAUGGCGCCUCUCCAAAGAGAAGCUUACCGAGUUCACCGAAAUCACCAAUUGUUGCUGCAUCGGAUUGUCAACAAAGUACAGAAGAUAAAUCGAUUCCGGAAACAAGCAUACAAAGUUCACCGGGAUCAUCUUCGGUGAAAUCAGGGAAUGCUGGUAGGGGCAAAUUGGAAAGGCUUACGCAAAACGGCUUAAGAAGAUCACCGAGAUUGCCGCCCCGUCCCCAAACUGAAGGAACGACCACGAGUGGAUCAAAGUUGAAGAAGAUUAAGUCCAGUGUGGAAGAGAUAGAUGCUCAAAGAGAAAAUGGCAGUUGUAAACGAAAAGCACCGACUGGUUCGGCUGAUAAGAAGCAAAGUAAGCGAAAAAAAGUUUUAAUGUUUGUUGGGGAGCCGGUUCCGGAACAUGAAGCAAAAGAACGGUGGGGUUGGCGUUAUGAAUUGAAGAAUAAAAGACGCAAGGGACAGAGCGGGAUAAUAAAUGCUGGUGAAGAGGAUGAAGUGCACGUUAAUGUUGAAUGCCAUUACCUUCAAGCUAAUGUUAACGGAUGCAUUUUCAGUCUUGGAGAUUGUGCACACAUCAAGGGUGAGGGAAUGCAACCGCAUGUUGGCAGGAUUGUAGAAUUUUUCAAAACAUCGGAUGAUGAAAAUUAUUUUAGAGUGCAGUGGUUUUUCAGAGCUGAAGAUACGGUUAUGAAAAAAGCUGCUGCGUUCCAUGACACGAAGCGUUUAUUCUCCUCCACUUUAAUGAAUGACAACUUAUUAGAAUGUAUACUUUCUAAAGUGAAUGUAAUAGAAAAAACUCCAAUGCUAGGUUUCCAAUCAACAUCAAUUCAGCCAUCUGAGUAUUAUUGUGACAUGGAAUAUUCUGUAAAAUAUUCAACAUUCCGCUCCUUGGUGACUGCUACAGACAGUUCGGCCACUCCAAGUAGCCUUGAUACCAUAACUACAACUCCAUUAGACGUUAGUGGUGAAAUAUACAAAACUGAACUGGCAUUAUUGGAUCUUUAUGCUGGUUGCGGUGGAAUGUCAACUGGACUCUGUCUUGGUGCCAAACUUUCUGGUGUUAAACUUGUAACGAGAUGGGCAAUUGAUUAUCACAAGUCCGCAUGUGACAGCUUGAAGCUAAAUCAUCCAGAAACAGAAGUUCGACAUACAACUGCAGAAGAUUUCCUGGAACUACUGAAGGAAUGGGAACAAUUAUGCAAAACAUAUAUUUUGGAUGAUCCUACUGAUAGAAUGAAUGAAACUAGUUGCGAUGGUGAAGAUGAAUCAAAAAUCGAUGAAUCAUCCUUAUCGGAUACAGAUAUGGCUCCUGGAGAGUAUGAAGUUUCAAGUAUUGUCGACAUAUGUUAUGGAGAUCCCAGCGAAACAGGCCAACAUGGGUUAAAGUUUAAGGUGCGAUGGAAGGGUUACGAUCCGAGUGAUGAUACGUGGGAGCCAAUCGAUGCGUUGAGUGAUUGCCAAGGCCACAUACAAACUUUUGUUAGAAACGGAUUCAAGUCUAAGAUAUUGCCAUGCCCGGGUGAUGCGGAUGUUAUCUGUGGCGGUCCUCCAUGCCAAGGGAUCAGUGGCUACAAUCGAUUUCGAAACGUUGAUGAUCCGUUGAAUGAUGAAAAGAAUCAGCAGAUAGUUGUCUUCUUUGACAUAGUGAAAUUCUUAAACCCUAAAUAUGUCUUGAUGGAAAACGUGGGUGACCUUUUAAGAUUUGACAAAGCUUCUCUUGGAAGAUAUGCUAUAAGUCGUUUGGUUCAUAUGAAUUACCAAUCAAGACUUGGGAUCAUGGCUGCUGGUUCGUAUGGUCUUCCACAGUUUAGGUUGCGUGUUUUUCUAUGGGGCGCUCAUCCAAAUGAGAGACUACCACAAUUUCCGCUUCCCACACAUGAAGUUAUUGUCAGAUAUUUCCCUCCAGCUGAGUUUGAGCAAAAUACAGUUGCUUACAAUGAAGGCCAACCUAGAAAGCUUCAAGAAGCCAUUGUUCUUCGUGACGCCAUCUCCGAUCUUCCACCUGUUACAAGCCAUGAAAUUCGUGAAGAGAUAACAUAUGAAAUGCCUCCAGAAACUGAGUUCCAAAAGUAUAUUAGGUUACCGAAAGAUGAAAUGACUGGUUCUGCCCCCAAAGGGGCUACAGACUGGAAAAACUCGGUUCUCACUGAUCAUCGACCUUACAAGGUGUCUGAAGAUGAUUAUCAUCGAUUGUGUCACGUACCACGCAGAAAGGGAGCGAAUUUCCGGGACUUCCCUGGAAUAAUUGUCGGUGAUGAUAAUAUGGUUCGCCGAGGUCCAGCCGACAAACAAGUGUUGCUUCCGUCUGGAAGGCCAUUGAUACCGGAUUAUGUUUUCACUUUUGAGAAAGGAAAAUCUAAAAGACCAUUUGCAAGAUUAUGGUGGGAUGAAAACGUGGCAACUGUGGUUACGUUCCCGAAUCUUCACAGCCAGGCUGCUAUACAUCCGGAACAGGACCGAGUCCUUACUUUGAGAGAGUAUGCAAGAUUACAGGGCUUUCCCGAUCAUUAUAGAUUCUGUGGCAAUAUUAAAGAAAGGUACUGUCAGGUGGGAAAUGCUGUGGCCGUUUCUGUUUCAAAAACUUUGGGGUAUGCCCUUGGAAUGGCAUUUCGGAAAUUAAGUGGAGGCGAGGCACUCAUGACUCUACCGCCUGAUUUUGCAUUCCAAGUACCCCCACUUGAUCAGCUGUAGAAACUGACUGCAUUAUGGCUGACCCGUUUCUAUUCUCGUAAUUUAAAAACUGAAUUAGUAUGUUAUUGUCAACUCUUCAUUCUAAUUUAGUCUGCUCGUUGUAGUCAUUGACUAUACAAUAACAAAUUGCAGCUUAGUUCUAUUUGAAUCUAUGAAGUUUUCUGACUA